AUGGACAGGUCUGGGACGGUGGCCGACGAGGUGCCUGUGACAGUCGCGGCGUCCGUACAGUCCGGCGUGAACAGUGAUUUUUCGGCAAGUCUCUUUAGACUAAAGCGUCUUCAAAAGCUAAACUUGGCUUUCAACGAUUUCAAAUCCUCUGCAAUUCCGUCUGGCUUCGCAAAUCUCAGUGGCCUGGUUUAUCUGAAUUUGUCCAAUGCUGGAUUCUCUGGGCAGAUUCCGAUAGAGUUAGCGCGCUUGAGGAAGUUAAGCAUUCUUGAUCUUUCUCUUCUUUAUUUCCGUGGAACUGAUACACUAAAGCUCAAGAAUCCCAAUUUGAAGACCUUGAUCAGAAAUCUCACGGAGCUACGACAGUUACAUCUUGAUGGCAUCGACCUGUCUUCCGAGGGAAAUGAGUGGUGCAAUGAAUUGUCCUCUUCAGUGCAAAAACUUCAGGUGCUGAGCAUGUCUAAUUGCUUUCUCUCUGGUCCUGUCGACUCUUCCCUCGUGAAUCUUCAUCAUUUGUCAUUCAUUCAACUCAAUGGCAACAACCUGUCAACCGCAGUUCCUGAGUUCCUCGACAGAUUCUCCAAUCUAACUGCUCUGCAUAUGAGUUAUUGUGGGUUGUAUGGAGAGUUACCUCGUAAAAUCUUUCAGGUGCAGACCCUUCAGACCCUUGACCUAUCAUUGAACCAACUUCUUCAGGUUUCUUUGCCCGAUUUUCCGGAGGAUAGUUCUCUUGAGACUCUAAUCCUGAGUGACACAAGUAUUUCAGGGAGACUUCCAGAUUCAAUCAGUAAUCUCAGAAAAUUGUCGAGAUUAGAAUUGUUCAAUUGCGGAUUGAGUGGGUUGAUCCCGAUCACGAUGGAGAACCUGUCAGAGCUGACUUAUUUGGACUUGUCUUUAAACAAUCUUACUGGUUCAGUUCCUUCGUUCAGCAUGUCCAUGAAUCUGAGACAGAUUAUGCUAUUCCGCAAUGCUCUAACAGGAGAGAUUAAGUCCACCCGAUGGGAAGAACUUCUAAGCCUUGUAUAUCUAGUUCUGCGGUACAACUCACCGGAGGGCAGCAUUCCCCCGUCUCUAUUUGUACUUCCUUCGGUCAAGAUCAUAAAAUUGUCCGACAAUCAGUUUUCUGGUGAGCUGAGUGGGUCUCUAAAUGUCUCUUGCUAUCAAUUAACGGGGCUUGAUUUGAGCAGCAACAAUUUAGAGGGGCCCAUACCAGCGUAUGUCUUUGAACUACAAGGACUUAACCACCUCUCACUUUCUUCUAAUAAUUUCAGUGGCUCAUUGCACAUUGAUGCGUUUCAGCGGCUCAAGAACCUCACAUAUCUCGAUCUUUCCCAUAAUCAUUUGUCAGUUAAUGCUACUGCUUCCACUUCUGCUAUGUUUGGUUUCCCUAAUCUAUACACUUUAAAGCUGGCUUCCUGUCAGCUGAGUUCGUUACCUGUAUUCUGGGAAAAUAUACCCACAUUAGCCCAUCUAGACCCCUCCGACAAUCACAUUCAUGGAGAGAUACCAAAAUGGAUAUGGGAGAUUGCAUAUAUUUCUUAUGUCAAUCUUUCCUUCAAUUUCUUCGAGAAAUUGGGAGAACCUUUACCUAAUCUCCCUUCCAGUCUCUCUGUUAUUGACCUCCACAGAAACAAGCUCCAGGGGAAAACGUUACCUCUGCCCCCGAAUGGUGCAUACCUGGAUUUCUCGAAAUCAAUUUGCGAAGCCCUGUUUCUCAUGGUACUUGACCUUUCUAACAACCAUUUGAUGGGAAUUAUCCCUCAGUGCUCAAUGUUAAAGACUCUCAAGGUGUUAAACUUGAGGAAUAACAACCUGACUGGAGGAAUUCCGCAUACAUUACCAGCCGCGUGUCUUUUAAGGACUUUGGAUGUUAAUGGUAAUCUCUUGACAGAAAAGCUCCCGAUUUCUUUGACUAAAUGUUCCAUGUUAGAGGUGUUAGACAUUGGAAACAAUCGGAUUAAGGAUAUAUUCCCAUGCCAGUUGAAGAACAUAUCUACCCUGAGAAUCCUUGUUCUGCAUUCCAAAAAAUUCCACGGGCAAAUUGGUUGUCCAGUCAAUAGUGGCACAUGGAAGAUGCUUCAAAUUGUUGACCUAGCUUUCAACAAUUUCAGCGGUAUGCUUCCUGAAGAUUUCCUGAUGUCUUGGGAGGCCAUGAAGGUCAAUUUGCACUUUAAGCAUCUUCAAUAUCCGUUUCUUCGGUUGAGCAAUCUCUAUUAUCAGGACACAGUUAGUCUUACUUUUAAAGUUCUGCAUCUAGAACUAAUGAAGAUCCUAACUGUUUUCACCUCGAUCGACUUCUUGAGCAAUAGAUUUGAGGCUCCAAUACCAGAAGCAUUGGGAGAUCUCUGA